AUCGUUGAAGGCAUCACUCUGUCAAAUUAUCUUAACCACUCGCUAAGUAAACGUGUACGAUAAAAUGGUGGCCUGAAAGAACAGGCUAUGUUAUUGCCACAAUUUCUUUAGUAGAAAAACUGAGGUUGCAAAGGUUCGUAACGAGUCGCUGCAGCAAAACUCAGCUCAUGACCUUUCACCUUCGACAAUGUUUCCUCGCAGCCGUAAUGGACGGAAGACAUGACCCUCCUGGUGGCAGAGCAGACCCUGUGAGUUUGACCAGCCAGGGCAGUUUGGACACGGAAGGUGAGCUUCAUCGCAUCCUAACAACGGGUAUGAUGGCAGUAAUGCGGUUGAUGUCUGCAGACCCCCAGCUUUAGGGACGCACCACCUGGACGGCACCAUGCAGCAGAAAGGUGCCAUCCAGAUCAUCGAAUGGGAGGACCUGGACAAGAGGAAGUUCUACUCCCUGGGUGUGUUCAUGACGUUGACCACCAGGGCCACCGUCUAUCCAGCCAGCCUCAUCCGCACCCGCCUGCAGGUGCAGAAGGGGAAGACCCUCUACAACGGCACCUUCGACGCUUUCUACAAGAUCCUGCGAACGGAGGGUGUGCAGGGCCUCUACCGUGGCUUCAUGGUCAACACGUUCACCCUGGUCUCAGGACAAGCUUACAUCACCACUUACGAACUGGUGCGCAAGUAUGUGUCCCAGUACUCGCCCAGUAACACGGUGAAGUCAGUGGUGGCGGGAGGGGCGGCGUCCCUGGUGGCUCAGACCAUCACUGUCCCCAUAGACGUGGUGUCCCAGCAUCUGAUGAUGCAAGGACAAGGGGAACACCUCAGCCGCUUCAAGGCCAAACCCAAAAUGAUGCUCGCAGCUUCGAAGCGCAGAAUGACUUUCGGGCAAACCCGCGACAUUUCCGUGCAGAUAUUUGCAGCCGAUGGUUUCAGGGGAUUUUACAGAGGCUACAUUGCUUCGCUGCUCACCUACAUCCCAAACAGCGCACUCUGGUGGCCAUUUUAUCAUUUUUAUGCAGAACAACUGUCCCUGAUGGCACCAAGUGAAUGUCCCCACCUGAUUCUGCAGGCUGUGGCAGGACCGAUGGCAGCAGCCACUGCUUCCACCAUCACCAACCCCAUGGACGUUGUUCGAGCAAGGGUGCAGGUGGAGGGACGAUCAUCUGUUGUGGAGACGUUCAAGCAGCUGCUGGCAGAGGAGGGCGUCUGGGUGAUGACCAAGGGUCUGUCGGCCCGCAUCAUUUCAUCCACUCCCACCUCAGUGCUCAUCGUGGUCGGAUAUGAGACUCUGAAGAGACUGAGCCUGCGUGCUGACCUGAUUGAGUCCAGGCACUGGUGAACGAUGAGAGGGAACCAGGACGUCCUCUCAGCAGGCCUCAAAGACACUGACCCAGUCGGUAACUGCUGUGCUGCAUAGCUGCUUCCUUUAGAUCUGGGUUUUAAUGGCGUCAGUCGAGCACAGACGGCCGCGUUGUCCCGGGGAGCUACGGGUCUUAUUACCUUGUCUUUCUUUGCGUUUGUCAGACUUGUUACAGUGGGAUGUGAAGGUAGGAAGGAAAACAAUUCACUUUCAAAAACGUGACCCACUGAAACCUGACUAUAGGUUGGUUUUGAAAGGACAGGAGAAGCUCCUACACUAUAUAUCGUGACAACCAACUCUUCAAAUGUGAUAUUUUUAUGAACCGAUAUGGAAAAUGACUCUUCCUGUGCAACAAAUCAGGGUUUUUAUCUGUUGUUAUGCACCACCUUAUCCUUGUGAAUAUUUGAGUGAAUCCUCUGGGUUCAGGUUUUAAACCACUUCUACAAAUAAACAAGUUAGUUACAUGAUGUAUUUUAAUAUAAAAAUGACUAUUUAGGGGUGUAACGGUGUGUUCAUCCCACACACGAGCAGAUGUUGGGUUUAGAAUUUGCUCUAUUUGGUGCACACCGUGAGCCAUUACUCGCCAUAAAUAUAGCUGCGCCUUCAGUUUGAACAAGAGAGAAACUUUGGGUAGUUUUGCUAUAAUUGCAUUGCUGGCUGUAAUUGUUAAUUCAAGUUAAUCAUGAACACGUUUCUCUGAUUUAGCUCAUACUCCAGAGAAGCAGCACAGUCUUUGCUUAUUAUCAGUGCGCAGCCUGUGAGUGCCUUAAGAAAUAUGGCUUUAAGGCUUUUUCAGUAUUUUCAUAAAAAAUAAAAUAAAAUGGGAAGUUGUGCAUGUUAUGUUUCCUGUGCUGAACUGUGCCUCAGCUAAAGCAAGGGUCAUAUGGAACCAUGCGUUUUGUGUGCCGUUACACCCCUAAGAGUAUCUCGUGCCAAAAUCUGGAGAAACAAAGUCCCAAAGAGCACUUCAAAGAGUAGUUGGGAGAUUUGAUAUGGGAACGCAUUCCAGUGUAAAGAGGUUUAAAUGUUAAGAUUCUCCCCUUCGUUUGAGCUUAAAUGAUACUUACAUGCAACUAGAUAGAAGUAUCUAUCUACAAAGUGGGAAAAUUAACUGAACUAGAUUUCCAAAACUAUGACAUUUUCACUGUUACAACUAUUUAUGUUAAGAGGUCUUUGUGAAACAUGGCCUAAUUGUGUAUAGUUCACUGUAAUCUUUGUGAAGUCAGUGGUGGAGGUUUUGUUGUGAUUUUUAUGCACAUGUGUUGAUUAGGCCAAUGAGGCAGGAGGUUCUGCUUUUCUGUUUUUGUUCCCAUCUUUAGAAUUUGACUGUAGAAAACAAAAAGGAGCUCAAACACAGAAGUAGAACGGGGAGAGAGGAGAGAGAUCAGCAUGGGAGCAUCUUCUCACGUUACAGAUUACAGAUAAAGGAAUCCAGUAUUUUCUUCAUAGCCCAUGUCCUGUACGUAAUUUAUCAAAUUUCAGGAUCAAAUCUGUUACCAUUUGGUUACAGGGUGACAUUUCUCUGCUCGGUUUAAGCUGAUGAGGGCAGAGAAGGAGAUAAAUCAGCAGCAUGGCACCAGCACAAGAGCUAAACCACACAGCUGCCUUCAGAGCUCACCAGUCACUUAAUGUUUGAGGUACAUCAACAAGGUACUGUAAUGUUGGGAAACCAGCUGGAGACGCCUGUGAUGCAAAGCAACAAUGUUCAACUCACUGCCAGAAAACACAUCUCACUGAUGUGGAUGUGUCUUUUUUAUAAACUUUUAGCAAAUACCACGUUUGAGUUGAAAUGUAGUGUUCAUGUGAGAAGAAUGAACCUAUUCAAAUGAAAUGGACCGAUGCCUUGUAGAGAGUCAAGUGUCAAGCUACAGCUACAUUUACAGACGAGCUGCUUGUCAAAGAGUUGUUCAAACUGCAGUUUGAUGUGUUUUAAACAUUGAGAACUUGUAAUAAAGAAUUCAGAAUCACUGCA